CGUUUCUAAUCCCACCCACUUUUAAGUUGAGGACGUGGCAUUGUCCAUCGUGUCUAGAACAACGACGACAAAAUAAGCGAAGCAAGGUCAUUAUAAUAGAGAGGCCACCAAUAGGAGGAAGCAUUUAGAGCUGUUUCAAAUUUUUAUCCUGACCACCCCUUCCUUCCCAUUUUACAAACUUCAUUUUUAUUAUACUACUCAGUGUUCGUUUUCCCUAAGGUAGCCAUGGGUCUGACAAUCUCUAGUUUGUUUCAAAGACUGUUUGGCACAGAAAGCAUGAGAAUAUUAAUGGUCGGUUUGGAUGCAGCUGGCAAGACGACUAUACUGUAUAAAUUGAAGCUAGGAGAAAUAGUCACCACCAUUCCCACCAUUGGUUUUAAUGUAGAAACAGUUGAAUAUAAGAACAUCAGUUUUACCGUGUGGGACGUGGGUGGGCAGGACAAGAUAAGACCAUUAUGGAGACACUACUUUGUCAACACACAGGGAUUGAUAUUUGUUGUCGACAGCAAUGACAGGGAGAGAGUCAAGGAAGCUAAACAGGAACUAGACGCCAUGUUAUCAGAGGAUGAGUUACGUGAUGCCGUGUUGCUAGUGUUUGCCAAUAAACAGGAUCUGCCCAAUGCCAUGUCAGUCUCUGAAAUAACUGAUGCACUUGGACUGAGAGAUGUCAAGAACAGGACUUGGUAUAUUCAAAGCACGUGUGCUGUUCAAGGCACUGGUCUAUAUGAAGGCUUAGAUUGGCUCUCACUACAACUCAAGAAAUAGACACAAUACUAAUGAGUGCUAAUGUUGCUUGAUCCUUUAUCUUGUGUUUCUACAUAUUAUACACUCUCCUCCCCCUCUCUCUCUCUCUUUCUCUAUUUUCAUUAUAAUAAUACUGUGUACAGGAAACAUCAUUUUGAAUUUAUAAUUAUGAGACACUUAUCAUUGUUAUUAUUAUUGUUAUUAUUAUUAUUAUUAUUAUUAUUAUGAAUUUUCUCUCUUCUGUUGUUUGUGUGUAUCUAUGUACUCUUGAUGUGCUAUAGGAUAUGAAUGUAAUUUUUCUCUUUUAUUUCAAUGUAUAUGUGACUCUAUCACUCCU